GCCCGCGGUUUACAAAAACUACCGCUAAGUGAAACUAGCAAUUAAAUCGUCUUUUCCCCAUAACUAACCCGCUGGAAUGGUUUUAAAGUUGCCAUAACCCUACGGCAACGUCAACUCGGAUUAAAGUCGUUGACAAAGAAGCGGCACCCGGCAAUUUAGGAAGCAAACACACCACGGUAUCGUUUUGUUUGUAGUGGGAGUAACGUUAGCAGAUGGCUAGUUAGCUAGAUAGCGCAGGGGAGGUAACGUUACCUUGUCAACAGGCGUCAACUGAGACUGCUGUGCCCUCGUAAGCCACACGGUUUCUGUCUACAACCUGGGUCUCAGCUGGAUAACCAACAGCAAUGUCGCUGUCGACUCGUUUUGGGCUGAGCCAAAGCAGCAGAGGUAAAGGGGACACUAUUUGUGCGGUGCCCGACCUCUCCUGUGACUUCCUGGAGGAUGACUUUGACCUGAAUAAGUCCUACCCGUGUACCCAGAGACCGAUGUACAAGAGGAACCUGUUUGCACUGCAGCAGCGUCGUUACCCUGGUGCCUGGAGAGGCAAAAGUUUGGAUGUUUGCACUUCUGUCGCAGAGAGAAACCUUCAGAUCUCUUGCUUACAUCCUGGCUCCCAAGUUUCUGCCGUCUCUCUGCCACACCCAUUCACCAUGUCAGAGACGGAAGAAAGCUUGUUCAGUCAGCUGAUCUCCGGAGAUUUUGGCCUCCCGAUAUCUCCAUCUGCCUUCAACCCAAACAAAGUUAUUCUUACUAUCGACCAUAAAACCAGAGAGAUUCUGUCAGCAAAUGAACAGGCCUGCAAACUGUUUGAGUGCACCACCAAAGAACUGAUCGGAAAAAAGCUGUCCUGCAUGUUGAAGAAAACCAGUCAGGUCCUGGAAGAGGCGAUGGAAGAAGAUUUUCUGCUAGAGGAUGGAACUGUUGCGGCAGUGUCUGGAAAAGUGGUGGAUGUUGUGACGUUAUCUGGAGAGCUGCCGGUGUCAGUGUGUACGCACAGACAGUCACAGAAUGAAGAGCACUGGCGUGUCAUGAUGGAAAAUGUGGAAAGGGUAUCAGCCUUUCUGACCUUUUCACAAGAUGGCAGCAUCCUAACCUGUGACUUGUCGUUUGCCCAUCUUCAUGGAUACCACCAUCCUGACGAGUUAAAAGGGCUGUCUGUGAAGGAGCUAAUCCCCUCUUUACAAAUCCCCCUGCACAGUAAUGCGUUGCCAAAAAUGCUGAGGGUUCAGAGAGUGUGUGGUAAGAGCAGAGGGGGUGCAUCAGUCCCCCUGUGUGUCAAACUUCAGGGGGCAGUGGUGUGUGGGAGGCCCCAACACCAAAACAAUGAGACCAGUUACACCUGCCCAGCAGACAGUUGUGAAAGACCAGAUGGACAGGACAAUCAGCCGUGCUCUCGGCUCACCUUCUCUGUGUGCAAGUCAGAAGGCUUAAACUCUGAAGAACUGUCCUCCGAAGUGAAGGUGGACAGCGUUGUCCUCUCCCCCAGCCCUGCUCUUGAGUACUCGGGAACAGUUUGGGCGUUUGCUCCUCUGAGUGGUCUCCUGCUGCUCCACCCUGACGGCUCAAUCUACAGCAUCCACAACCACCUGGCUCUCAGUCUGUUUGGCUACGACAAGGACGAGCUGCUGAGAAAGAGUGUCACUUUUCUGAUCCCUGGUUUUUAUGGAUGGAUGUGUGACUCAGACGGAAAGGCUGGCCCCUUCUGUGAUUCUCCAGCAGAGGCUAAUAAAAGUACAGCCUCAUCCAAAGUAUCAGGGAAGUAUGACCCUUCCUCAGUGGUGGCAGGCGAUAUGGCCAUGGUGCAUCAGGCUGUCCUGGGAAGAACCUCCACAGGCCGAGGCAGGAUCUUCACUGGAACUAGCACCAGGCUGGACAAACAGGGCAGCGCUUUGUCUACCCUGUCUCCCCCUGCUGUGACCUCCACAAGAGUAGUUAUGGCUGAUGACACUACAGAGCUGAUGGAGCAGGCAGCCCAGGUUGGUCUCUGCGUUACCCAGCUAGACUGCGUUGAUAGCACUCAGGCGCUCCUCAAGACAUUUGCCUGGGUGGAACCUCCAGAAGAAGAGACCUACUGCCUGGUUUCCACCGAACCACCACAGUGUAACCAAGAACAGCAGCUCGGCAGUAGAGUUCAGGAAAAUAAUCAAUCUGACAUCAAGAUUAUCCCAGACACUCCCACUCUGAAUGGACAAACUGGUGGUAGGUUGCUUGGUACUUCUCCUGAUACAGGCAACAAUCAUCGCUCAUGUGCCGCUGUGCUCCAAGACUCCAGCUUUGAGGUCAUCUCACUGGAGAGCAGAUCUUCCUCUGGCUUCUGUGAAAAAUUUGCCGGCCAUGGUGGUUUUGACCCAGGCCAGGCAGUAGACUCCCCCUCAGCACACAUAUUGGACUCAGCCAGCUGUUUUCUGGACCUUAACAGCAAUGGCGAUCUGGUGACCCGGGCGCUGGCCGAACUAGAUCUGAGUGGUAGUGUAGAGCUUCUCAGCGGCAGAGGACACGAGGAUGAUAACCAGCACUCCAUGACGUCCUGCAGCACAGCCGAGCUCCUGCGCACACCCUCCCCGUACUUGGUGGAGUCUGACCAGGAAGCAGAGCCUGUUGGUCUACAGGUCAGAAACGGCUCAAGUGAAGAGCAAGUAGAAAAUGAUCAGGGAGAACAGGAUCAGUGGGCAGCUCUCUCUUCAAUCCACAAAGAAAAGAGCGAAGAGUUCUGCGUGCAAAUGAACGGUGGGAUUCAGUCAGUGACGGACACUCCUGCCACAUCUACACCAAAGAAACAGAAGGUGAAUGGGUACAACCUGUCCUCAGACACUACACAGAUACAGGAGGGGCGAUAUGAAGGAAGUGCAUACCACAGAGAUGGCACGAGAGUAGAUGUGCGGUGCGAUGUGUGCAGGACUACCCUCCCUGAUGGAAGCUCCAUGAUCUGUGUGUGGAUGAGUAGGCCUGGCCAGCAGGGGUCACUGUUGCAAACAGAUCGAUCACUUCAAAACCAAUCAGGAGUCAGUCUAGGAGAGAGGAUUAGUGAGGCCAGUCAUGGGGAGGCAUUACGCUCCACCAUGGACUUGGAGCAGUCUCGAGCCUGUGACGGGCAGUUUGAUGAAGAGUACCAGCCUGUUAAAGCUGUGGGUAAAGGAGCCUUUGGUUUUGUCUGGAAGGCGAUACGGCGCUGUGAUGGAGUAGAAGUGAUCGUGAAGUUCAUUAACAAGUCCAGGAUAGUGAGCGACUGCUGGGUAGAUGAUCCCAUGCUGGGACGGGUCAGCCAGGAGAUUGCCAUACUGACACGAGUACAGCACCACAACAUAGUCAAGGUGCUGGAGGUGUUUGAGAAUGGGACCUACUUCCAGAUGGUGAUGGAGAAACAUGGAGAUGGUUUGGACCUUUUUGAGUUCAUAGACAUGCAGCCGAGGCUGGAUGAGCCCCUGGCCAGCUACAUCUUCAGACAGCUGGUCGCCGCUGUCUUCUAUCUGAGGACUAAGAACAUCCUUCACAGGGACAUAAAAGAUGAGAACAUCAUCAUCGACAAGUGUUUCCACAUUCGCCUGAUAGACUUCGGCUCUGCUGCCAUGAUGGCUCCCAGGAAGCUCUUUUACAAUUUCUGUGGCACGCUGGAGUACUGCUCCCCAGAGGUGCUUCAGGGAAAUCCCUAUGAGGGUCCAGAGCUGGAGAUGUGGUCUCUUGGUGUGUUGCUCUACACUCUGCUGUUUAGUGAGAACCCCUUCUGUGGUGUUGAGGAGAUCCUGGAUGCCAGACUGAAGCCUCCAUUCCCCCUCACUCCAGAUCUGCAUGGUGUCUUACGUGGGCUGCUGCACCCUGAUCCAGCCCAGAGAAUGACUCUGGACCAGCUGCUGCUGCAGUCCUGGAUCAGCCAGCCCAUUUCCCUGGCAGAGUACAGCUGGACAGAGGUGGUCCCUGCAACUCAGAGCAACUCAGGCUCACCACAGCACCAGGAGUCCAGCCCACAAGUGUACAUCAGGCAAAGCUUGUUCCCGGAUCAACAUGAUGAGACUCUUCCUGAUGAUGAUGAGGAGGAGGAGGAGGAGGAAGAAGAUGAGGAGGACAGGUUGUCAAUGGUGGCCCUGGAAACAGAGCUUCAGAAGUAUCUCCAUGAGGAAUAAAAGCUGAAUUUAAAGGAGGUGGAGCCCAAGAAAAGGGAAGAUUUUCUCCGUCCAAUCAAACACUACUGUGUAGGUGUUCGUCCUUCAGAGACAGAUGGACCUUUUGCUUUUAUGAAGUAUGAACAGUUUGAUACCAGGUGGGAUGAACACCAUUAUCAAGCUGCUGUCAGUCAAAAUGUGCUUGUUCGACAUUUUUGUGAUUUCAGAAAGCAAAACUGGAGAUUUUAAAUAUGAUGAUGUAGCAUUUCUUUUUCCUUUUAUGUAAUCUUAUUGUAUUUAUUCUUUCACGCCUUAAAAUCAUAGCGAUGGCUCACAGUGAUACAGCUUUGCCACCAAAAUCCACAAGUGACCACAGCCUCACAACCAAGAUCUUAGUUUGAUAGAAGGAAAUAGUUUUAAUUAUCCAGCUUCUGUUAAACAAAUGUCAAUUUUAUGUUCAUGAUUUUAAUCUUGUGUCUUUUAAUUAAACAUUGUAAGUAUAUUUACAAUAUUUUAUCUAUUUAUUCUCAUAGAUUAAUAAAUAUUUUACUACAAAUGUUGCUUUUUAUACGAUCAAGGAAUAGCCUGUUGAUCAGAACUGUAGACAGUUUAUUGUUUGUCAUGCAAACAUUGUAAAUGUAUUUAAAUUUUGUAUUCUUAAUGCAGGCAGUAAACAUGGUAAAUCAUUAAAUGGCAGUACAAUAAAAAAGUUUCACAUUGCUGUUUCUAACAUGGUGAGGCAAUGAGGCA